UAUUAUUUGUUUACAACUGUGCAAAAUAAUAAACUAUGUAAGACUGAAUAACUUAUGAGAAUCAUAUGAUUUCAGUUUUUUGUAGGUAUGAAAUGUAUAAAUUUUUCAGACGUUGCAAAUUUAAUAAACUUAAGUUAAAUCAGACGUUAAAUUUGUUAAGCUAUAUCAGUUAAUCAAGGCGUAACAAAUUUUGGUAGCAAAUUUAAAGGACAUAAGAUGACUUUUUAAGACCUUUACUUAACCAAGCAUUACCUUCAGCAAAAACAUGGCAGAGUUGGAAAAAUCACGUAUCAAUUAUUUAUUUGAAAAGCUAGACAAAAUUACAGAUGAUGACCAAAGUUAUUUAGAUCCUGAUUCAAUAGUCUCUAGUUAUGAUGUUUACAGCCUAUUGAGUUUUAUACUUGAUAAAAAAGCUUAUAUAGGUUGUCCUGAAAACUCUUUUAUACGUUUUAGUGAAAAUGUAAUUGAAAUAAACGCUUUUUUUGAGUUUUUAAUUUUUACUAAUAUUGAAGAGCAUGAUUACAAACCUUAUGUCAUAGUUACUAAAAACGUUUUCUUUCAAAAUUCAUUUGAGAAAAAUCCACAUAAUUUUUCUAACGAAACUCCUUCUUGGGUAGCAUGUGUAAUACUGCCAAAUAUCUACAUCUCUAAUGGAAGAAAAAAAGUUUUAUUUCUUAUUGGUUCUAUGCUUAAACCGAUUCGUAUUUCAACUAAAGUUACCUUAAUCGCAAGAAACGAUUCUAUAAGUUUUGAUUUAAAUUUAAAUGAGGAGGGCCAACUUUUCAACAAUUCUCUCCAGCAAAUUCGGCCUAUAGAUAGUGGAUUUUGGGCAAUAUAUAAUGCUCUAAUGUUUGUAUACAAAAAACAAUGCGAUUUUUUAAAUAAAUUCCAAUUAAACUCACUUAAACCUGCUUUUAAAUUACGUUUUAUGUUGCAUGAAUUAAAAACUUAUUUUAGUUUACAAUGCAAUAAAUGUGAAGUAAUCAUUUCAAAAAGUAGAAAUGACGCUGGAUUGGAUAAGAUGUUGUUUGAUUUAAACCUAAAUGACCCAAUUUCUGAUUCAACCGCUGUUAAAGAUUAUGCUUAUUUUCCCAGCAUUACCUUCAGCAAAAACAUGGUAGAGUUGGAAAAAUCAUUUAUCAAUGAUUUAUUUGAAAAGCUAGACAAAAUUACAGAAUAUGACCAAAGUUAUUUAGAUCCUGAUUCAAUAGUCUCUAGUUAUGAUGUUUACAGCCUAUUGAGUUUUAUACUUGAUAACAAAGCUUAUAUAGGUUGUCCUGAAAACUCUUUUAUACGUUUUAGUGAAAAUGUAAUUGAAAUAAACGCUUUUUUUGAGUUUUUAACUUUUACUAAUAUUGAAGAGCAUGAUUACAAACCUUAUGUCAUAGUUACUAAAAACGUUUCCUUUCAAAAUUCAUUUGAGAAAAAUCCACAUAAUUUUUCUAACGAAACUCCUUCUUGGGUAGCAUGUGUAAUACUGCCAAAUAGUUACAAACCAUUUAGAAAAAGUUGUAUCUCUAAUGGAAGAAAAAAAGUUUUAUUUCUUAUUGGUUAUAUGCUUAAACCGAUUUGUAUUUCAACUAAAGUUACCUUAUUCACAAGAAACGAUUCUAUAAGUUUUGAUUUAAAUUUAAAUGAGGAGGGCCAACUUUUCAACAAUUAUAUCCAGCAAAUUCGGCCUAUAGAUAGUGGAUUUUGGGCAAUAUAUAAUGCUCUAAUGUUUGUAUACAAAAAACAAUGCAAUUUUUUAAAUAAAUUCCAAAUAAACUCACCUAAACCUGCUUUUAAAUUACGUUUUAUAUUGCAUGAAUUAAAAACUUGUUUUAGUUUACAAUGCAAUAAAUGUGAAGUAAUCACUUCAAAAAGUAGAAAUGACGCUGGAUUGGAUAAGAUGUUAUUUGAUUUUAACCUAAAUGACCCAAUUUCUGAUUCAAUCGCUGUUAAAGAUUAUGCUUACUUUCCCAGGUGUGAAUACUAUGCACGUUACCUAGAUACAACUUGUUUUUAUAUGGCAGAACCAGAGUUUUGGGGAACAUACUUUCGCUCGACUAGCAGAGGUGGGAAUAGCGAUAGAUAUGCAAAGAGUUUUUUAACAAAUCAAAAAACGUAUGACAACCCAACAAUAAAUUACCCACAAAAACGAAACGGCUCCAAAAGUACAAAUUCAUAUCACUCCAAAACGGGUUCAUUUUGCUCUCCUUUCUCUCACAAACAAUACAGCAAAAUAAUAUUUUGUCAGGAAGAUUGUCAGGAAAUUACAAGAAACGUUUUUUUAUAUGAUAGAAUUUUAAAAUAUAAACAAGAUUUAUGUCACAAUUUUGUUACACAAUGCAAAAGUAAACCUAUUGCAGGUAUUGAACCAAUUUAUUCUAAUCAGUAUCCGUGUAUUUUGGUUCUAAUUUCUUGUUUUAAUAACGAAAGAAAAUACAAAAAAGGUAAUGAGAGCUGGUAUAAGGUAGCAAUGUCUUAUUAUGUGGCAAUUGCAAAUUUUAAUGCAGAAAAUGCAUAUAUUCCUAUUGAGCUAGUUGUACGUUCCAGUUUUGGACAUGUUCUCCCAAGUGUAGACUCUAUCGCAAAUGCUUUCAGAAUCAAUAUAGGAAUAGUUCCAAAUCAAUAUAUUGACGUUUUAGUAAAAAGUUUAAAUUUUUUAGGAGAGGUUAUACAGUUACUUUCAUGUCAUGCUAUUAAUGAAAACGUGCUAAAAGAACAAAAUGAAAAAAUUUGGAAUUAUAAUCAUAAAAUAAUAAUCAAAACAACUGACCAAUUACCUUUCUGGACAAAAGAUUUAUUUGAGACAUUAAAUUUAAAAGGAGACAAAUCAGGUAGAAAAGUAAUUGUUCAAAUUACUCGAAAAAGAAGCUAUAUUGAUUUAUUUAUAGACCUUAUCAUAAAAGUAUUACACUACGAGAGGAACUGUUAUGCUUCUCCUUUAAUAGAAAUGCUGAGAAACAUUAUUUACGAUGAAAAAAUUACUUUAGAUAAAAAAUUGAAGCAUAGCUUUACAAAGGAAAAGAAAAGAUUUAACAAAUCUCGUAAUAUAGAAGACGAAAACUUUUGGAAUCUUCUAAUGGAGGUUAAAAAUGCGCUGGAAUUAAAAAACGAAGGUCUGAAUAAUCAAAUUCAAUCACAUGAUGUUUAUGGUUUAUACGCAAAGCUGGACAUGAUCAAUAAAAAUUUUAUUUGCAAUAGUGGGUACCAAAAUUGUGAAGAUGGAAUUGGAAGCGAUAGUGAUUGCGAUGGUGAAGAUGAAGAUUUAAACUUUUAUAUAAGAAAAGUUACAGUUUCAACAGGAAUGAGGGCAAUCAACUUAGCUACAUUUCUAUCGCUAUAUUAUAUUACCAAAUUGCCAAAUGUAACUGAGUACAGCAUAGUCACAAAUAAUAUGUAUUAUGAAACUGAAAAGGCGGUUAAAGAAGUUAUAAAUGCUUUUAGAGAUAUGUUUGAGGUUCCUAUACAAAAAAGAUCUCCAUCUAAAUUUCAACCAGAAAUCUGUGCAGAGAUUUUAUUUUUUGAUUUGAAUUUUUGCAAUUCUCAAAAUUCAAAAGAGGUGAAGAUAGAAAAUAUCUCUGAAAAUUGGAACAAAAAUUAUCCAGUUAUCAUUGAUUAUACUAGCGCUACGACAGAAAAAAUCUGUUGCAGUGUGUUAAAAUGUCUUCAAAACACAAAGGUAGUGUUACUAGUUAACAGUGGGUUAAAAAAUGAACAAUUUUCUGCAGAUAUUAAUCCUUACGGUACUUUAAGGAUAAUAGCUAAGGAGAGAAAACUUAUGUUAGAGUUAUAUGAUUUAGCCAGACAAGCAUUAGAAAAAUCAAAAGAAAUUUUACCUUCAGCUUCACAUCAAAUUAGAAAAGCAUAUAAAGAUGCUGGGUUUGUUGUAACUAAUGAACAUAUAUUUAAAGAUAAAAUAAAGGUAGUAAACGCUACUGACAUGAUAAACAACAAAAAUUUUGAAGAAAAAAUAUUUCAUCUUUGGAAUUUAUCUAACUACAUAGAUGAAAUAAAUAUAUUAAAAUCAGAAUUUAAUUUUAAUAGGUUCCAAAUUAUUGAAUGCUCUCUUGGUGAUGGAAUUAAAGAAACAUUAAAGAAAUUAUUAGAGCUAAACGAACACAUUAAACCUGAAGAAAUUAAAAGUUUGAAAUUGGCUUUAGAUGAGUCAUACCGUAAAAGAUUUUUAAACUAAUAGUGAGCUGCUAGUCUGGAAAAAAUUUAGAAAUGCUAGCAAUUAGACAAUAUAUUUAAAAGAAAACAAAGAAACAAUUUAUUAAAAAAUAUAUGAGAUUUAGUGUACAAUAUUACCAAAUAAAAAAUUUUUGAUUACCGAUGAAAAAAAAAAACUAAAGUCUAUACAUAAAUUGUAUAAAGAAAAAACCCGAUUUUUUUAAAGUUAUUUAUAACAGCUCAGUGUGGUGGUUAUUCAACAAUGCAUUACGUAAUACUACUUUAAAAAGCAAAAGGAUAUUAUAUUUAUAUGCUACAACUUAAUACUACUAAAUCUUUUUACUUGGUUACUAAAAAGAAGUUUUAAGAACUUUCAAAUAUUAUGAAAGUUUAUUAAGGCAUCUUAUAUCAUACUUGUCAAGACAUUUUCACCAGUGACUCAGUAAACUACUAAAAACAUCCUUAAAAAGUGGCCGACCUAUAGUUUUUAAACUUUGUUCAAUGGCAAGUGAUUAUAUAGCCGCUUUCAGCAUAAACCACUCAUAGUUUUACUAAGUAUUAUUACCACAACCACAACUUAAAAAAUUACCACGACUUAAAAAAUAUUUUGUUAUUAUAAAAAAAAAAAAACUAGCUGUAAAUUACCUAAGGCAUAUUUAAAAAAAUACACCAAAAUAAAAACGAAUAAAAAUUAAAAGUAUUAACAAAAAGUUAAGCAAUUGUUUGAAGAGAAACACAAUCUGUUAAAUUUUGGUAAGGUAAUAUCAACAAAACGAAGUUAUACAAUCCAAAAUAGAUUUCAGAAAUGUAAGCUAUAAGCAUUUUAUAAAAACUAAUAAUGUUUUAGUAUGUUGCCACUACUUCAUAAUAUAUUGUUAUAAUGAUAAAAAAAAAAACAUUUCAAUCGCUUUUUUGGAGAUGUAAUGCUUAAUUUCGUGUUUAAAAAAAUAUAUACGAGAUUUUGUUUACCAAUAACUCUAUUUUAUGACAAUACGGCUAAUAGUCGAUACAGAAAAUCUCUCUAAGUAACGAUUCGUUAGUAAAUUGGAUGUUAAGCUUUAUUCAUAAAAAUAUUGAGGAAUUUUUAAUAUAUUUUUUUUAAUAUACUUUGAUAUAGCAAUUAUUCAUUUAAAAUAGCAUAAGCAAUGUAUGAAACCUUUUUUAAUAAUACUUAAAAACAUUUGAAAAAUGCUAUUUCUUGCGGCAGAGUAGGAAACUAACGAAUUACGUUUACUCACGUUACUGUAACUAUAGGCCGGGUGAAUAAAAAUAAGCAAUUGCUUUUACUCAGUAAUUGGUCAGCUUUACGCGAAUAAAAGCAUAAAGAAUUUGAGUUAA